AUGUUAGAUAAUAGCAAUAUGGUGCUGGAUAUGAGGCAAGCGGUAUUUAGCCGAACUCCUCUUUCGUAUAGAGUUGGAAACUCCACUCUUCAUGUUCAAACAAAGUUUGUAACGUUAGUGGCAGUUGUUGGUCUAAUUAGUCUCUUGGUGUUGUUUAUGAUUGUACCAACCUCUCGAAUAGGCACAAGCAACCUCACCAAUGAUCUGUGGGGGCAUGGAGAAGAGCAUGGUCAUGGUCACCAUCAUCAACAAAACUGGUUUACUUAUUACAACAGCACUUACCCUCUAACAUCACCAGUGUACAGUGAUAGAGGAUAUAUUAAAUAUCGUAUUGCAAUAGUUACUGAUCUUGACACCAACUCUAAACACCCUACUGAGAAGAACACAUGGAUCAGUCAUAUGAAAAAGGGGUAUCUUACUGUCUAUAGAAAUCAAGACUCAGGGGGAUGGGUAAGGAACUUAAAACCCUUUGAUGUCCAACAUGGCUUAUGGGCGGGAAAAGGGAAAACAUCCGAAUGAUUUUUUUUAAACGGAAAGUUGUCGGUGGACGACCGCACUGGCAUAGUAUAUGAAUUGAUUUUCCCAAACAAGGCUAUUCCAGGUUUUACCCUUUCCCAGAGGGGAGGGGCAGAACUUCCAGGUUUCAAGAGUGAGUGGGCAACAGUCAAAGAUGAGACUCUGAUUAUUGGUGGUCUUGGUAAAGAGUGGACCACGAGCACAGGGGAGCUGGUCAACCAUAACCCACAGUGGGUCAAGACUGUUACUACACAUGGCCACAUUGAACACCACGACUGGACCAAGAAUUAUGAAAAAUUGCGGGAAUCGGUAGGGAUAGCUUUUCCAGGUUACAUGAUUCAUGAAUCAUGUGCAUGGUCUGAAGGGCUACAACGCUGGGUUUUCCUGCCACGAAGAGCUUCAACUUCUCGUUACGAUGAGAAUGAGGAUGAGCAUCGCGGCACAGACCUUAUGCUCAAGGCCACUGAAGGAUUUGAAAAGAUUGAGGUAAAGCAUGUGGGAACAAUUAUAGACACGCACGGCUUCUCAAGUUUCAAGUUCAUUCCUGGAACAAAGGAAAACUUGAUAGUGGCUUUAAAAUCUGAGGAGGUGAAUGGAAAGGUUGCCUCUUAUAUAAUGGCCUUCAAUAUGGCAGGAAAGGUGCUCUUACCAGAAACAAAAAUUGGUGACUAUAAAUUUGAAGGAAUUGAAUUUGUAUAAUAUUACAGAAGUUAUCAUGUAUUAUGGUUACUUAAAGAUAAUGCUUUGUUUACAGUAAGUGAUGUGCAUUCUAUAUGAGAUAUUUAAAGGGGGCAAAGGGGAGUGGGGGGUAAUACACAGACACAACAUCCAUAAAGUUCACUGAUUUAAAAAUAAAAGCUAACUUUAGUAUGUACAUGACACCUGAAGUUAGAGAUAUCUCAAGAAAUAAAAUAAUUAUACAUGUACUUGAAACGUGGCAACUUCUCCAGUUUGAUGGGCCGUACUAUCACCCUGGAUGAUAUGCAAUGUACCAUAUUAAUGUCUUGCAUAUUAUGCAGUCUAGCAUAUUAAUGCCCAGGGCAGUAUAUGGCAUGCCAUAUAAAUUGGACUGUCUUGAACUGCAUUAAUAUCAUGUUUAUUUUUCAGGAAUAAUUGCGCUGUCUUGUUUUUCCAAAUUAAGAUGGAUAAAAAAUCCUGCAGAAAUGUGAAGAUAUUUAUUUUAAAAUUGUAUCAAAGUUGAUAAGUUAAAAUUCUGCACUUAGCAUGAUACAGACCCAUGAUGCUUCUCUCUUCUCUCUGUUAUGUAUACAUGUAUUCAGCUGUAUUAAUUGCACUCAGUAUUAAGUAUGUCAUACAAAAAAUUUAAGGAAGCAAAUUUUUAUCAGACAUGCAUGAUGCCAGCCCUAGAAAAAUGGUGCAUGUUCAUGCUGUAUUGUAUUUUAUGAUUUAUAUUAACUCUCUUGGCCACGUUAUGUGAUCUCACGGUUGGCUCUCGAUGUGUCAUUUCACCAUAAGAAAAUUAAAGUACUGAAUUUAAUAUUUUCCAUAGCUUUUUUUUUUAAAAGAAGAUACAAUAGUUUCUAUAAUUAGCAAAAAUUUUCAUUGAAAACAUCCUUAGACUGAAAACUAUAAUAUGAUAAAAUACGAUAAUUUUUUUUUUUAACACGUCGGUCAUUUACCACCAGGAGAGCAUAUUUAAAAACUAAGUGCUAAACCCAUAAAUCAUACAGCUAUAUGGACCUAAGUAGCUCAUAUUACGACUGAAACGUGUUCCAAACACAUAUUGCUUCGUUACAAAAUUAUAGCUUUGUUAUACUGUCAUCCCCACAAAUUCAUGGGGUUCCUUAUAUGUGGAAUUCAGUUUUCUUGUUUUAUCUGUUGGGGAACACACAAAUAGAUUCAGUUAUCUCAUGGUGGCCAUUAUUUUCUGUCUUGGUGCAUGACCCCCAUCUUUAAAACUACCAUAGGAUUUCAUACAGAAUUUGCUCAGUGGUUUUCCCAAGCCCAAAUCUUAUAAUUUUGGACAUUGUUUCUUAAUGUCAAUAAUUACCAGAUUAAGGCAAUAUUUGAAGAGAUAUGGCCUUUAAAACUAAACAAAACCAAAUCAGAAUUUUUUUUUUAAUGCACCAGCUGUCUCCCACAGAGAUAGGGCGACUCUAAAUAGAGGUAACACUUUCACCAUCACUCAUAACUAUCUUGCAAGAAGUGUGCUGAUGUCAUAGUUCAGAUGGCCCUCCAAGCUGCAACAUCCUCACCCCCUCCUUUAGAGUGCAGGCACUCUACUUUGCAACUCCUGGACUCUAGUCUGGCUAACUGGUUCCCUGGAUUCCUUCAUAAAUGUUCCUUGCUUACACUCCAGUGGCAUGUCAUGUCAUAAAAGCAACUUGUCUCCUCUCACUCUAAUCUAAUGCUCACACAAGCCUGAAUGUUCAAGCCCCUAGCACUCAAAGCCUCCUUUACUCCCUCCAGUCCUUCAUAGGAUAACCCCCAUUUCCUCUCCCCCCCCCCCAGAUUAUAUACUCUCUUAAUUAUCAUCUGCCAAGUGCCAAACCCGCCAGGCUCUUGUGGAUAUGUGGGCUUGUGGGACACUGGCAGUAACAGCCUGGUUUAUCAUAUAAAUACCAGGCAAGUCUGGCCUGGGGCCAGGUGAUGGGAGUAGGUGAACUUUUGAAAUCCUUCAAAGGUAUAUCUAAGGUACUAUUCUGUCCCAUCAACAACCCUUCCCCAGCCCUCUGAAUAAUGCUUUUGGUAAUACCAUUCCAUCUUCUAAUAUCCAAGCUCCAAAUUCUUUGCAAUAAUAUUCAUACCACUCAUUGAUCUCAAACAUGACAUCUCCACUGCCUCCGGCCUCCUCCUCAUUGCAGUGUUUAAAGCCCAUGCCUCACACCUGAGAUGUUUCAACCUUUUCCUCCCUUUAUCUUGAGGCUCAACUCAUCUUUCAUAGAUCCAGUUACUGACAUAUCCACUCACAAAUACAGUGGAACCUCAAAAAUCAAACUGCUCCCAACACAACCAAUUAUGUAAGUGUAUUUUUGAGGGUCUGAAAUGGACUAAUCUAAUUUACAUUAUUCCUGAUGAGAAUAAAUUCAUUCAGUAAAGGCACUCGAACAGCCUUCUGGACUGAAGAAAGUUCGAUAUUUGAGGUUCCACUGUAUCUGAAUGCAUUCACUUCCUUCAUAUUUCUUCCAUCUAUUCUGAUACCUCAUCUUUCAUUGCCUAGACUUUUGGUUACAUCACCUUAUUCUUUUUCUUUCUUCACAAAAUUUAUUAUUCAAGAGUUAAUUUUGUAUUCGCUAGUUUUCAAUUCACAAUUCACAAGACCACUAGCAACAUAACGCACAGCAAAUUUGUGGGGAUGACUGUACCUAUUAUGUCUUCCAAUGCUUAUUGCUCUUAUAGCACUGUAUGCAUUCUUAACUGUAUCUAAAAUAUCCCAAACUUUUAUGUAAUUAGGGUAAUCUGGAUGUCAUUGUUUUCAACAAAAUUCAAAUAUGGAAAGAAAAACAUUUCUAAUGAGCAUAAAUUAAAUGUUGAUUUUUAUUUCAUAUAUAUUAUAUGAACAAGAUAUUAUAUAAAUUAUCAAUGUUGUAUACCCAUAUUAUGUUACUUAUGGUGUAAAACAAAUAUGGGUCUUCUGGAUAGCAUCUUGCCUUCCCUGUGGCCACCAGAUGGGCAGAACUGGGUCCCUAAUCUCUCUGAAAUACACCGAGUUUAAAAAAUUAGAGAAUCGAUUAUUGUUUUGGGGGGAGGGGGGGCUGUUGCAAAAAAUGAGUUUUACUUGCUUAAAAAGAAAAAUAUUCUCGUCACUUUCACCCAGGAAAAGCGUAAAAUUCACAAAUCUAUAUGUUAUGAAUAAUUUUUUUUUAACAUCAGCUGCUGCCCACCAAGGUAGUAAUAUUGCAUAAGAAUGUAUCCUGAAUAUAUCUGUACUGUAAUCCUCUUUAAAAUCAUCAUUUGUUACUGAAACACUGCUGCACCAUCCUGUUUGAUGGUAGUCUUCAUAUGGAAAUGGCAAACUUGGAGGAUAUAAAGUUAAACUUGUAGAUGCUGAAUGUAAAGCAUUAGACUCAGUGUAUGGACAACCACUCAGCAAGAUAGGUGUGCAAACUAAAUGUAGCUCUUGCUCUGACCUUGUAAAAUGUCAUAUAGAUCAGGGUAACCACAUUUUGUGGUGUAUAGCACUUGUUUCGUGAGAAACUCGUAAAUUUGCCAAAUUUCAAAAUUUUUAGUAUAGUCAAAAUCACUGUCAUCUAUCCUGUAUCAAUAAAAGAAAGUUUUUAGAUUGUGAUAUUGAGGUUGUGAUGUAUCUUGAUGUUUUAUUAUUAUUUAUUUCUAUUUCUUAGUACAGACUUAAGCUACUUUAAGGAUUUUUUUUACAUUACAGGUAAUGAGAUUUUUUAAGUUCAUCUAAUGAAUUUAAAUCUAUACCUUAAAAGUUGUAUUGUGAAAUGAAAUGUACCAAGUUUCAUAAAAUAUAAUUUGAAUUGAAAAGGAAUAUAUUUCAGGAUGUUACAUAGCAGAGUUAUUAACAAAAAGUACUGAUAGUACUGAAGUACCGGUGUUCAUCCUUAUAUAGCAGUGUGUGAGUACCUAGUCUCUUGUACUGUUAAUAAUUUAACAGGUAUUCUCACUUUAACUGUUUUGUGUAAAAAAUGGUUUGGAUAAAUUGUGAGAUAUUUUGCAGUAUAAUUUUGUAAUUUUAAGGAGUUUAUGAACCUUUAGAAGGCAUUUACAAACCAGUAUCCAGAAAUAUUACCAUGGCCAGUUAUGAAUGGGCUAACUCAGGGCAUUGUGUUGCUCCAAAUAAGGGGUUAAAUCUGUAUUACUGGUAUUUGAUUUUAUAGAUAUACAGUAUUUGUCAUUUACUGAGAAAAUGUAAAUUAUAUUUUGUACCGCUUUAAAGUUCUUCAGGAUUUCAAAUAUUUUUGUAUACAUUUGAGUGUACUGCUGUUUGUGUUAGUGUGUGCUAAUGUGCACUUCACGUAAAUUCCAGUAAAUCUUUAAAGAACUGUUGGCAUACCUAAUCAAGAAAACAUUAAGUUUGAAUUUUUGCACAUUAAAGCCAGAAAAUGUAAUGAACUGAGAAAGUAGUGCACUGUUACCUUUUCAAUGUUUGUGUGUUUGCAUUUUUAAUCAGUGAUUUGUGUGUUGUUAAUUUUAGGAAUUGAUGAUACAGUAUUUGUAAUGAAAACAGCUCUAUUUUUUUUAUUAGAAAGAAGACCCUUAUCAAUUGUUAUAUGUUAUUUAUGAAGUUUUGGAGGUAUUAUUUAUAUACUGUACAUCAUAUUAAUUUUAAGAGUGAGAUUGUCUAGAGAAUAUAGAGCACUGAUGGCUAAGCUAUAAUUGGGACAGUAUAAGUCUCUCAUUUUAAAAGGAAACUCAAGUUAUUUCUGUGAAAUUCUGUUGGUAGCCUAUCUUCAGAGGAUUAUUGACAAUGAUUGCUCAGUAACAUGCACAUAGGUGGCUUAUUUAUAAUAAUCUUUUAUGUAUUCUAUUUAAGAGAAUUGAAUUUUGAAAUCUUUAUCGCACAUCUUUCCUGUACAACAUUCACUACUCACCUGUGUUUAUCUCACGAGUUCUCUUGGUAUUUUACGGUCUACUUUUUUUUAAUCAACCCCUCUGAUGGCAUUAUUGAUUUAGAGAUGUAGUAAUUAUGAACCCCUCUGAUGAUACAAUUCUUUUUCUUUCAACACACCGGCCGUAUCCCACCAAGGCAGGGCGGCCCAAAAAGAAAAACGAAAGUUUCUCUUAAAUUUAGUAAUAUGAUACAAUUCUUGCUAGAAAAUAAUGAUACAGUAUUUUUACAUGCUGACUAGUAUGAAAAUUUUCAUUGUAGUUGGCAGAAAAGGAAAUAGCAGAAAUAGAAAAAAAAAAAAUAAAGAGUUAAACAUUAGAAAAUUUUUGGGGGGCAGCUACCUCCCUUGGUAAGGGGGGGUUAUAGUCCUUGUAGAUGACAUGAGCUACACUGGCUGGUGUUUUCUUGCCAUUCCUAUGACAUUUGUUACAUCUUUGUUUACCUUUACAUUCUGUUUAUAGUACUUUCCCUUUAAUGCAGAUGCUGAUGUCUUAGAUUGAUUUAUUGUAACAACUUUGACUUUUUUCUUGGGCUCUAAAUCUAACCUUUACACUUUCUUACCCUCGCUUCCUUUCCUACCCUGCUGCGCUAUUUAGCGCUUCUUUUUUAUUAUAAUAAUAAUAAUUUACACUUUCUAAUGACAUCACUUAAGGAGAGGGGGCAUUAAUGCUGGUGAAAGGAUCUUGAUUCAGGGAAUUAGAGCCAGCCUCCUCUUCCUUGGAUCAAACUUGAUUACAUCCAUUCCCUGAUCACCCUUGAGACCCUCAUUGUUCCUUUCUCCUGAUGUCCUUCCUUCAACACUUCUACUAUCCAUUAGCUGACGAAUUUCAACAGUGUAUGUAACCCAUCCUGUGUGAUGGAAUAUGACAGGUAACUAUACCUAGGUUUUGUUCCCACUAUGUAACUUGCAGAAUAGAAUAGCAGCACACUGUUGAUGUAUCCCAUUUUGAUAAAUAGAAAAAUUUUACCUCUUCUGUGCAGUGUUUUAUGACCCUUAUGAACAUCAUUUUCUUUGAAUACAUAAUUUCUGAACUUGACACAGAUUUGCUACAACUGUAACUCUUCUUCAUUCCUCCUUUCAGCUGUCCUUCCCUCAAUGCCUCUACUUUUUACCAUUUCAAAGGGGAUGCCUUGAUGCUUGUAAAGGGGCUCUUGAUCCAAGAAAUUAAAGCUACCCUCUACUUCAUUGGAUUAACCCUGUUUGCUGUGUAUUCAGUCUUCAUGAAAGGUUUUGCAAUAAUUUGAGACUUAUUUUACACUAUUUUUGCCUUGUGCACAACACACAUUCUCUCUACACAGCUAAACUUGAUUGGCAGACUUAGUGAAGGUUAAAAAUAUAAACAAUUAUUUCUUAAAUGUUGAUUGUUAAUAUAUACAAAAUCACUAUUAACCAAAACAAUAAAUUGUAUUGCGUAAUAUUUAUUGGAGUAAUUACUGCUACUUUCACAGAAGAAAAUAAUUUGAAAACAUUCAUCGUCUUAAACACUGUAUUUUGCUCAAAGUAAAAUGAUUAACAACAAACUUUUUGUGUAAUACUGUAGUAUAUAGUUAUACUGUGCAAAUUUAGGAUGCAAAAAAAAUGUAAUUUUUUAACUUUUGUAUGAAAAUAAAAAUAUAUAUAUAUGUAUACACAG